AGUGCCACGUUGGGCUGGGCUGCGGCUUGAGGAGCCGCUCGGGGCGCCGGCCCUGGCGUUCGCGCCGGGGUGAGGGCCGUUGGGGCUGUUGGGCGGCGCGAGGAGAGUCGGGAAGCCGGUCCGCGGCGUGCACUGCGGGCUGCCCCGCGGCGGCGGCAUCAGGGCGCAUCGCGUCCCGCCCGAGGGCGGCUCUGGCUGAGGGCGGAGGAGCCGGCGGAGAGCCCGGGGCAGCGGCUGAGGCGGGGCGGCGGCGGGGGCCACUGCCCCCGGAAGAGCCGGCUGAGAUGCUGGCGGAAAACCUGGUGGAGGAAUUUGAGAUGAAGGAGGAUGAGCCGUGGUAUGACCACCAGGACCUGCAACAAGAUCUCCAGCUUGCUGCUGAACUCGGGAAAACAUUGCUGGAUCGGAACACAGAGUUGGAGGAUUCGCUUCAGCAUAUGUACACAACCAAUCAGGAGCAGUUACAGGAGAUUGAGAGGUUCUCACUGAGUUCUUCCACUCUUCUCUCAAGUCUGUAUCUAACCAAGCAGGUGGAGCUUCUACGACAGAUGAAUGAACAGCAUGUCAAGGUUUAUGAGCAGUUAGAUGUCACAGCAAGGGAACUGGAAGAAACAAAUCAAAAGCUAGUUGCUGACAGCAAAGCCUCGCAGCAAAAGAUUCUGAGUCUGACUGAAACAAUCGAGUGCCUGCAAACCAACAUUGAUCACCUUCAGAGCCAAGUGGAGGAGUUGAAGUUGCCCAGCCAAGGGAAGAGUCAGGGGAAAUGCACCCAAAAGUCAGCACCCAGCUUCUCGUGUCUGAAGGAACUCUAUGACCUCCGCCAACACUUUGUGUAUGAUCAUGUGUUUGCCGAGAAGAUCACUUCCUUGCAAAGUCAGCAAAGCCCUGGUGAAGAAGAAAACGAGCAUUUGAAGAAGACAGUGACAAUGUUACAGGCCCAGCUGAGCCUGGAGAGGCAGAAGCGAGUGACUGUGGAGGAGGAAUAUGGGCUUGUGCUGAAGGAGAACAGCGACCUGGAGCAGCAGCUGGGGGCCAUGGAUGCCUACCGAGCUCGGGCGCUGGAAUUGGAGGCUGAGGUGGCGGAGAUGCGGCAGGUGUUGCAGUCAGAGCAUCCUUUCAUGAAUGGGGUUGAGAGGCUGGUGCCAGACUCUCUGUUUGUUCCUUUCAAAGAAUCUGGCCAGAGCCUGCUGGAGGAGAUGCUCCCGACUGGGCCGGAAGCACACAGGAAGCCUCUCAAGCGCAGCAGCAGUGAGUCAGUGCUAAGCAGCUUGACAGGUGGGGACAUCAUGAAGGGCCAUGAGGAGACCUGCAUCCGGAGGGCCAAGGCUGUGAAGCAGAGGGGCAUCUCCCUUCUGCAUGAAGUGGACACUCAGUACAGUGCCCUGAAGGUGAAGUAUGAAGAGCUGCUGAAGAAGUGCCAGCAGGAAGAGGACUCCCUGUCCCACAAGGCCGUGCAGACCUCCAGGACUCUGGCCAGGGACCCAGCUGGAAUGAAUGCCCAGUCUGAGCCUGGCACCAGCAGCUGGGAACUGGCCUCUGUUACCCCAGAGCCCAUCGGUUCCCCCCCCACCACAACACCUCCAGAAUAUAAAGCUCUUUUUAAGGAGAUCUUUAGUUGCAUCAAGAAAACUAAGCAGGAAAUAGAUGAACAGAGAACAAAAUACCAAUCUCUCUCUUCUCAUUCCUAAUUGAACCUCCAGCACUACUACUAAUUUGCAUACUUUCUGUCACAUCUCUGUCCCACUCACAUGAGUGUUUGUGGACCCCAAAGCCUCAUGUUUCUCAUGACUAUUGCCUCGUUGCUUUGCUUAUUUAGCAAAUGCAUACAGCAAGAAAAGAAGGUACCUACUGGUGUCAGGUCUGUAAUCCAGUUCUGAUUAAGCUCCUCAGGAAACCCCUUGACAAGCUGGCUUCUGGCUGGUGCACUGAUGAGGCUGCGACUCCUUGAAAAGCCCAGAACCAGUGGAGGAAAGAUUUGUGCUCCUGGAGAAGUAGGCCUGAAGUUACUAUAGUAUAUAGUAUAGUGUAGACUAGUUAGGGAUAAAGGGCAGAGCUGAAACAAAGCUGAGGCACUUUCUACUGCCUUCUUGCUUAACUUCUCGAAACUAUGUAGAAGUCGGAUGACUGCCAAACUAAAAUGUCUUUUGCAAAUACUGUUGGGAUACUGUGAAUUCAUUAAGAAGAAUGUUCAGGAGAAAGCAGGGGUCUAAUACAAAAUAAAUGGCAUUAACAAAUCCUCUAAGCCUUCGAGUUUUGUUACAUCUACUACCAGUGGCACUGUGGCAGACAGGUAAUCCUAACAUAUCUAAAUCCAAUGGAAUAUCAAACUGAAAGGGCAAGCUCUGCACUGACCUAAGUUAGCUUGUUAGCAUAUUAGGGCCUCCACCCCCACAUUCAAAUGUUCUUCCUCAAAGCAGUAGUGGUUAGGGUAGGCAAAUACGUAAAUCUAUUCUUAAAUUUAAACUAAAGAGGCAAAAUCAAACUCCUUAACUCCUCUUGUGUUGUCUGAGCUAACCUACCAGCCACAAGCUGCUCUUGCUUAUUUCCUAUCAUUCCUGUAAAUAUUUUUACUUGCUGCAGAAUUCCUGUCUGCUACUAUAUUCAGCAGUAUCGAUGUGCUGAUUGUGGAAGUAUACUCAUCCUCUCACCCGUACUUUUAAUUUAAAACUAUUUAAGAAAACAGGUUCCAGUUAUUGUAUAUAUUUUUCUAAAAACUGAAUAAAACUGUCAAUGAAAAUGAACAAA